UUUUUUGGUUUGCUUUUAUAAUCAGGCUCCUAACUGUUGAAUAUAAGCAGUGCAAUGCUUUGUGAAAUCUCAGGAACCAGAGAUUUUGGAGUUUGCGAAUUUCCAGUGGCUGGGAAGUUGCAGCUUCAGUGCAAAUUUCGAUAUACAUAAGUUGUCCAUAACUGUACACCUGACUUAUUUGGAUAUAACGUUUUAGUUACCACAAUGUUUUUCUUUGUUUUGUUUUGUUUUGAAGAGGACACACAUCGUUAAUAUCUCUUAACAGUUGAUGUAGGAUUGUGACCCUUAGCUUUCCUUUUUCCUUUUAAAAUCAUGCCCCCCCUCCCAAGGAAUACACAUUUGAAAUCACUGGGCUUUAAUGAACCAGCCAGGCUCCAUCUGUAGGUAGACUGUGGCACCCACAACACAGAAGCAGCCAUCCCACCCCCUUUUGUUCUUGCCUUGCUUCCCCUUCUCUUGGCUUGGCAGCUGGCACAGCCUUUCCUCCCCGGGGAAUCUCUUCCACUGACCCCUGUGGUUGAAAAUGCAGCUUCUGAUAGGCAGGCAGCUCCUCUUGCCUGAACCAUCCCAGCUCCCAGAGAGCUUGGCUGGGUUUAUUUAUAGCUGGCUCCUCCCCUACGUUCUAUUUCAGGUCACCCCCGGCAGAAGCCAUCUCGCUUGGUGGCAGGGAUGAGAAACAAUCGCAAGAAGGGAGCCUUGCGUCUCACGAAAAGGGGCCUUUUGUGAGAGUGCCAAAGAGCUGUGGGCUCUCCUUUUUUGUUAGAUCUCUCCUCUGCUAGAGACUAGAUUCAUUGUCCUGGCUUUUUGGGUUUUUCUUUUUCAUGCCUGAGGAGAUGUUGCUUCAACCCCUCCCUCCCCGGUGAAUUGAGCCACACCUGAGAUGUAAACGUUUUUAUCUCCUCCCCCCUGCAUCUAUUUCACCUCUGCCUCCUUCUGCAUCUUAUGACUCUUCUACCCUUUCCUCCUGGAGUUGAGAAAAUAGUUAUAUCCCUUCCACUUCUUUCCCCUGCAAGGAGAUUUUCAUCUGCAACUAUUUUGUUUUCCUUCCCUGGUGGCUUUGAUUUAUUCUUGGGGUUUUCCUCGCCACUGCCGCUGUUGCUGCAAAACAAUUUAACUUUUUUUCCCAAGAAGAAGAAGACGCUUCCACAAGGAGGACAGAUGUGUGUGUAUUCUUCGUGGCUGGCUUGAGAUGGGAGGGGAUGUUGGAUGGUUUGAGGUGGCAAUAUAGCCUAAGGAGACACCUCCCUGAAGCCUUUGGUUGUGCAACGACGGAUUGUCAUAAAGGGAAGCUGCAGUGGAAUAACGGCAGUGUUCAAUCACUCCUUGGCAUGCUUCUUGUAUCCUCGGUGUGGGGACUGCCAGAGAUGUUGCAGACAAUUUAUGAAACUGAAUCGUGUUUUUCUUCAGAUGGAGUUUCUGGACACGAGCCAUCGCUGGAACUCCUGUCACGGGCACAGAUCCACGCCAUACCUGUGGCAGCUGUGGACUUGAAACCAGUACUUCCUGUGGUGAUGCAGAGCUCUUGCAACAACAGCAGCAGCACCAGCCCGGUGGACUUGCGGAUGGAUGCCCGGCCCAGCGUGCCCGCAGUGGACCCAGCCGUCCGGGAGCAGCAGCUGCAGCAGGAACUGCUGGCCCUGAAACAGCAGCAGCAUUUGCAGAAGCAGCUGCUCUUUGCCGAGUUCCAGAAGCAGCACGAGCACCUCACGCGGCAGCACGAAGUCCAGUUGCAGAAGCACCUCAAGCAACAGCAGGAGAUGUUAGCAGCAAAACGCCAGCAAGAACUGGAGCAGCAGCGCAAGCGAGAACAGCAGCGGCAGGAAGAGCUGGAGAAGCAGCGGCUGGAGCAGCAGCUACUUAUUUUACGCAAUAAGGAGAAGAGCAAAGAGAGUGCCAUUGCCAGUACCGAAGUGAAGCUGAAACUUCAGGAGUUUCUUCUCAGCAAGUCUAAAGAGCCAGCAACAGCAGGCGGCUUGAACCAUUCCCUCCCUCAGCACCCCAAAUGCUGGGGGGCUCACCAUACCUCAUUGGACCAGAGUUCCCCUCCCCAGACAGGAAGCCCAGGAACGCCACCCUCUUGUAAACUACCUUUACUCGGCACUUAUGACAGCAGAGACGACUUUCCACUCCGGAAAACUGCCUCGGAACCCAACCUAAAAGUGCGCUCACGGUUAAAACAGAAGGUUGCAGAGAGGCGGAGCAGCCCCCUGCUGCGGAGGAAAGAUGGGACCGUCAUCAGCACCUUCAAAAAGCGAGCAAUUGAAAUUACAGUGUCUUCAAUGUGCAACAGUGCCCCCGGAUCUGGACCCAGCUCCCCGAACAGCUCCAACAGCGCCAUCACAGAAAACGGGCUUACUGGCUCAGUGCCCAAUAUUCAUACUGAGAUGCUGCCCCAACACCGAGCUGUCACCAUGGAUGGGUCAGCUAGCCAGCUCAGCUUGUACACUUCCCCGUCUCUGCCCAACAUCUCCUUAGGACUACAGGCUACCGUCACGGUGACAAAUUCACACCUCAGCGCUUCCCCGAACCUUUCUACGCACCAGGAAGCUGAACGGCAGGCCAUCCAGUUGCGCCAGGGCGGGGCCUUGACCAGCAAGUUCCUGAGCAUGUCGUCCAUCCCCAGCUGCCUUCUGGGGGUGGCCCUCGAGGGUGAGACGAACAACCACGGCCAUGCUUCCUUGCUCCAGCACGUCCUCCUCCUGGAACAGGCUCGGCAGCAAAACACGCUAAUUGCUGUUCCUCUGCACGGCCAGUCUCCUCUGGUGACAGGGGAGCGUGUCCCCUCCACCCUGCGGACGGUAAGCAAGCUACCUCGGCACCGCCCGCUGAGCCGCACCCAGUCGUCGCCGUUGCCGCAGAGCCCUCAAGCAUUGCAGCAUUUGGUUGUGCAGCAACAACACCAGCACUUCCUAGAGAAGCAGAAACAGCAGCAGAUCCAGCUGGGAAAGAUCAUCACCAAGACUGGUGAGCUGCCGCCGCCCCCCACCACCCACCCGGAAGAGACCGAAGAGGAGCUGACAGAGCAACAAGAGCCCUUGGGCCUAGGCCUCAGCCACGGACCCUUUGUGGUAGACGGGUCAACAGAGAGCGAGGGCACGCAGGAUGACCUGGAAGAGGAAGAGGAGGAAGAAGGAGGCGGAGGAGGAGAGGAAGAGGAGGAACAGGAGAGCGUGGUGGAAGAACAGGGCUGUCUCCGAUUGAAGGACGAAGCUGGGGAGAACAGGCUCGAAGAGGAGCAGGAGGUUGAGGAGCUGGGAGUGACUUACAGGCAGGUGUUUGCAGAUGCACACCAACUGCGGCCCGUUCAUCUCUACCAGACGCCCCUGAGCAUCAGCACUCUGCCCCACCAAGCCCUUGGCCGCACCCAGUCAUCGCCUGCCAGCACUAGCCUGAAGAGCAGUACAGCUGAGCCCUUGGUCAAGCACCUUUUCACUACAGGCUUAGUUUAUGACACUUUCAUGCUGAAGCAUCAGUGCACAUGCGGAAACACUAAUGUUCACCCAGAGCAUGCUGGGAGAAUCCAGAGUAUCUGGUCCAGAUUACAGGAGACAGGGUUGCUAAGCAAGUGUGAGAGGAUUCGAGGUCGGAAAGCCACAUUGGACGAGAUCCAGACAGUGCAUUCGGAACAUCACACGUUACUAUAUGGAACUAGCCCGCUUAACCGGCAAAAGCUCGACAGCAAGAAAUUGCUAGGUCCCCUUACGCCGAAGAUGUAUGCCGUCCUCCCAUGUGGUGGAAUCGGGGUUGACAUCGACACAGUGUGGAACGAGAUGCACUCGUCCAGCGCGGUCCGCAUGGCUGUUGGCUGCUUGGUGGAGCUGGCCUUUAAAGUGGCGUCUGGGGAGCUUAAGAAUGGAUUUGCUAUUAUCCGGCCACCAGGUCACCAUGCAGAAGAAUCCACAGCCAUGGGCUUCUGCUUCUUCAACUCUGUUGCCAUUACUGCCAAGCUCCUCCAGCAAAAGCUUGCCAUUAGCAAAAUCCUCAUCGUGGACUGGGAUAUCCAUCAUGGCAAUGGCACCCAGCAGGCAUUCUACAGUGACCCCAAUGUGCUCUAUGUUUCUCUACACCGCUACGACAAUGGCAAUUUCUUCCCAGGCAGUGGAGCUCCUGAAGAGGUUGGCAGUGGGAUGGGUGCAGGUUACAACAUCAACAUUGCCUGGACUGGUGGAGUGGACCCUCCCAUUGGUGACGUGGAGUAUCUGACUGCCUUCCGGACUGUGGUGAUGCCAAUAGCCAAUGAGUUCUCCCCAGACGUGGUCCUCGUUUCUGCUGGCUUCGAUGCUGUGGAGGGACACCUGUCCCCACUGGGUGGAUAUUCUGUCACAGCCAAAUGUUUUGGGCACCUGACCAAGCAGCUGAUGAAGCUGGCGGGUGGGCGUGUCGUCCUGGCGCUGGAAGGAGGUCACGAUCUGACAGCCAUUUGUGAUGCCUCCGAAGCCUGCGUUUCCGCCUUGCUUGGCCUUGAGCUGGAACAGAUGAAUCAAGCUCUGUUGCGGCAGAAGCCCAAUGCAAAUGCUGUGGCCACACUGGAAAACGUCAUUGAAAUCCAGAGUAAGCACUGGAACUCGGUAAAGUGCUCUGCAGCAAUGGUCGGCUGCUCCUUGCUGGAGGCGCAGAAGGGUGAGGCAGAAGAGGCCGAGACAGUCAGUGCCAUGGCGUCGCUGUCAGUGGACACAGAGCAGGGCAAAGCAGACGGCGAUGUCCGGCCAGCAGAAGAGCCAAUGGAGGCCGAGCCCGUGUUGUGAAGUGCCAAGACUUUGAUUUGUGUAGCUGUCACUCUGUGGGUUAAUUGGUAAUUCUGUGAGUCCAUUUAAAAAGCAGCAGCAGCAGCAGCAGCAGCAGCAACAACAACUACGAAUUGAUUUUUUUUUAAUCUAUUAAAAAAAAGGAAAAAAAAGAGUUGCACUGGACAAAACGAGCCCAUGUGUGUAUGUGUGUGUGCGUGAUCGCGUCAGUCUCCUGGCAUUUAUUCUCACCAGCAUCACCAUUUUGUCCUAACUCUUUAAGGAUUUUUGUGAGGGGAAUGGUGGUGAGGUAGGGGCUUUCAUGCAAGCAUCUCCUCUCUUGUUCCAUUCUUAAGACAUCAUUCCCUCUCCUUCCUGCUCCCCCUGCCUCCCUGGCCGCUAAACUCACCCCCUUCUCAGGGUUGGUGCAAGCCAUUUUGCUACCCUAGGUAACAAAAAAAUAAUUUUGACACACACACACAUAUAUAUACACACACAAAGACACACACUACAUUUCUUCCUUGGAGGUUGUCCCAGUUUCAGAUUCUCUCCCCUUAACUUCAUGCAAGUGGAUUAUUAUUAUUAUUAUUGUUAUUAUUUUGCUCCAUUCACUUGUUCGUGGAGUGAGGGGGCGUGAUAGGUUGCAGUCAGGAAAUCUGGGGAGGGAGCAUGCAAUUGCUUCCACACCUCUCAAGGGUCUAGGGCAGGAGGGGGGGAGUUGCGCAUCCCCCUUUAGGGAUUUCCCAAGUCGCCUGGAGCACCCUUGGGACUCUUGCUGCCCUAGGCAGCCACCUGUACUGCCUCUUGGGCUGGGCCGGACCUGCCCCUUCUUGCCGAACCUGUCCUGAAAUGCCAUUUCUCUCCUCCGGGUUUUUGCACAUUGAGAUGGGCAUCCGAAAGCAAACCCACCCCGCUUCCCAAAUGCCUUUCCCCCUGCCUCUCCAGUUCCUACCCUUUGGCAGUUUCUCACAUCUUCCCCAUCCCCUGUGACGUUAGAUCCAAAUGGUUUUGGGUUUAAAUCCUACCUAUGUUGCCUCAAUCGCGUAUCUUUCUCCUGACCCAUUUCAGCUGUAAAAAACAAGGUGUUCCUCAAUAUUGUAUAGUCCUCCUGAAUUAAUCUCUAGGAGAAGAAGCCCCCCGAGGUUGAGGAGAAAGGAAAAUAAAAAGUGUGCCUUUAAGUCGUUUUUGUUAAUGCCUUAAAUUCCCUGUGAGGCUUGCUUCUCCUCCUCCAUCCCUCCCUCCCUCCCACCAUCCCUGCUUAAGUUAACCAUCUCUAAGGGAGAUCAUCCUGUACAAGUGGGAAGGAAUCAUGUGUAAAUCCCCAGCACCAAUGCGCAUUGGGCCUGAUCCAGCUGUAAACAAAUGGUUAUCAAGCAAACUAGUCUGGGGACAAUGUGGGUGGCUGUAUUGAUUCAAACAUACACUGAGAGAGAGCUUUCCAAACUGUGUGUCGCGACAACGUUAAGUGUGUCGGCUGCAGUGUGUUGCACAAGCGCUCCCCCCGGGGCUGGAAAGAGGUUCGUUUAACCUCCGGUUUGCUAGUAAAACUGAAUUACCGUGUCACGAAACGAUGCAGAAGUGAAUGAUUCUGUCACAGAAUGAUGCGUGUCCAAAAAGUGUGUCGCCAAACUUGAAAAGUUUGGAAAGCUCUGCACUAGGAUGUUCAUUCAGAGCAAUGCAAUGCAGAAUCUGAUUUGGUGCCUACAUUCCCAAUCUGGCAAGCGAUAUCUCCGUACAGGCCUGUUUACGAGUGUGCAUCUACCUUAGCUGGAUCAUGCCGUGUGUCAUUAAAUCCCUUUUGUAAUGAAGAUAACUGCUUAUGUUGAUUGUUUCAUGACCAAUGCUUUCUUGAGGAUUCUCUCUCUCUCUCUCUCUC